AUGGUGACCACUGUUCUUAUUCUAGUUCUCAUUUCACUUUCACAAAUUGAUUCUGCCCCAAAAUGCACUUCAAGUGAAAUUCGAAAAGCCGCUGAAACUUGUAUUCAAAAAAUUGGAGAAGUUUUCUUGCAAUUGUCUGAACAAAGUUUUAAUGAUUCGAAAAGUUUUGAAUACGUCAAUGAUUUAUGUGAAACUUCAAUGGAUUGUUUUGAAAAUCUUGAAGAUUGUGCAGAUUUUGAAGAAAGUUUCAUAAAUAAUAUUGAAGAUAUGUGUGCGAUGUCAAAAUUUGCGAAUGGUGAAGUUUUCUUCGAAUGUGGAAAAAUUAUUGAUGAACACCCUGGAGCAAAAUGUGUCACUGAAUUCUUAACAUAUCCAGCGAAUGUGAACGUGAGUUCUGAUUCUCUUUUUUUUCAUGAAAUUAUUAUUUUUUUCAGACAACUCGCGGUGAUAAGUGUGAUAACUUGAAUGAACGUGGAAGAUGUGCAAAAGAACAAGUAUCAGCUCUUUGUAGUCCAGAAGCCGUUGAAGAACUUGAAAAUCACAUCAACGAGCAAACUGAGAGAUAUAAUUGUUGA